AUGGCGAACUCCUCUACAUGUAUCAUGGCCGGAUCUAAUGGUUAUGCUCGUGUUUCUUUUGGCCUGGCAGGAUCGGCGGCACUGCAAGAUGACCACUGGUACAUUGUAGGUCGUCUUCUUGGACCAAAAACUCGCUUUCUUGGUUUUAAAGGCACAAUCUCUUCCAUUUGGAGAAUCAAAUCGAGGUUGACGAUCCAAGAUGCAAGUGAUCGUUUCCUGUUCCAGUUUGAGCGCGAAGCUGAUAAAAAUCGUGCUCUCCAUGGUGGACUGUGGUUUUAUAGGAACAAGAAGCUUAUGCUCAGUGGCUAUGAUGGGGUUGGACCGAUGGAGGCAGUUCCACUGUGGAGUCUGGAGACGUGGGUGGCGGUGAAGGGUUUGCCGGUAGGCAUGCGUAACGAGGUUGGCCUAACCCUAAUUGGUUCAACUAUUGGUCAGGUUAUUCGAUUUGAUCAAACGGCUCUACGUCGUAGGGAAGAGGAGCAAAGGAUCCAGGUGACAUUGGAUACUCGUAGCCGGAUUCGUACUUGGAUGUUGUUUGAAUUCUCUUCCACAGUUGAACUCGAGAUCAUCCUGAUUUUUGAGAAAGUGAAGGGUUUAUGUAGGGAUUGUGGCUUGUUUGAACAUGAUGUUAUGGGCUGUGAUGGUUUCCUAGAGAAAGAGAAAGAAGAUUUGCUGUAA